UCCACCGACAGCAAGACUUUGAGUGUUAAUUUACAACAAAUUAUAAAAACAAAAGACAAAAGUAAACAUCUCUUGUGCUGUCAAGUCCACUGUUCAAAGUGAGUGCACAGAUAUAAUACCUGCUCGGGGAGUAGUUUAUCAUACUUUAUUCUCCUGUUGCAUCACGUUUACGAAUGUCCCAAACUCCACGCGGCUAUAGGAAACUGGUAGACCAAGAAAAGCCGUCAGUGAUUGCUCUAGUCAAAAAAGCAAGUUUUUUUUUUCAAGAAGAAAUCAUAUUGUAAAACAGAAUCGUGCUGCAACUGCGCCGCACUGAGUACAAGAUGUCUCAAAAUGAACACGAUUCUGGCCUCCACAUCCCUCGGGAAAAACUCUCCAAAGAAGACGUCACAGAGCGCGAGAGAUCUCCCAUUGAACACGCAUUCUACGAGUCUUUUUUACUCCAGUCACGAUCAGCGAUAGAGAAUCUUUACGCAUCCAACAUCUACUGGAGUCAGAAACACGCCAAAGAAGUGAAAGACCUGAAUAGACAGAAGAUGGUUGCCUUGACUUCAAUGACAAAAGAACAAAAAGAAAUGGCUAAAAGAAUGCAAAAACUACAGGAAAAACAGGACCAGAUUUUGGACGAAAAAAUGAAACAGUAUAUGGAUGCCAAGGUCAAGCGUGGUGGUCGGAUCCGACCGCACUCUACGUCGGCAAUGCCGAACCAAAUGCGAAAUCGGCCGACUCCACAACGACCGAAGUCGGCCUUUCUCAAUCCUCUCGAUCAGUCUUUGAGUCGAUCUUCUCAAUUAUCGAAAUCAUCACAAAACCUUAGUGACUUGUCACGUUUAAGUGUGAAUCAGAAUGAUUCAAUAUCGUUAUCCAAAUCAUGUGAAGAUCUCUCGAGGUUAGAUUCUACAUGUGGCAAGAAGAACAAAGUUAUCCUCCCAGCCAUCAAACCCAAGUCUAACUCGAGCUCGAAUGAGAACUUAUCAGACGACGAUGAUGAUUCAGCAUUCAUUACAAAAAUGCCAGGAGAACAAAAGGUAAAACAGAAUCUGCUGUCAGCUCCCGUUGGGUUUAACCCUGAACGACGGAGRGGCUCAUUACCGAGCGCUGAAGAACUCGACAGGCAGAUAGAUCUUGAGCGGAGAAGAGAUACAAGUGAAAACGAACCACGUUCUCCAACACAAACAAAAUGGGUUCCAAAGACCUUCAUGCCACAAGGAAGAGCAUUACCGCCGAUUUGAACCAAUCAGAUUCAUUGAUGUAAAGUGUUCCACAUAGUCGAAACUAAUCAGAAGGGUUAAUUUAACGACUGUGAUGUCAUUGGUAUAAACCAUUCAGAUUAGUUGAUGUAAAAUGUUCCACAUAGUCGAAACUAAUCAGAAGGGUUAACGACUGUGAUGUCAUUGGUUCGUCUAAACCAAUCAGAUUAGUUGAUGUAAAAUGUUCCACAUAGUCGAAACUAAUCAGAAGGGUUAACAACAGUGUGAUGUCAUUGGUCCGUCUAAACCAAUCGGAUUAGUUGAUGUAAAAUUUUCAACAUAGUCGGGUCCAAUCAGAAGCGUAAAUUGAACGCCGACUGCGAUGUUAUUGGUCCUUCUAAACCAAUCAAAAAGAUUCCCCAAAUGGCCAACUCAGUACAGCGAGAAGAAAGUUCUUUUUUGGUGCUUUUCGUUGAAAAAUAUAUAAGUAUUGGUUAAAAUAUUUUUUUAAUGUCUAACUUGUGAAAAGUAUUGUUAUUAUCAGGUUCAAUAUCAUCAAUAUGGAACAAAAAUGUUGUAAAGACUAUCCAAGCAAAAAGAAAAUUCGUUUAUGGUGGAUAUUACCUCAUAAACUUAUUUUUAUAGAACAGUGUUUUUCUCCAGUAAGUCGCGUCCCUGAGUUAACCACCUCCUUGAGUUCAUGUAUUUUUCUAGGAAACCAAAGUGAAUCGACUGCUAAGUGCCUCUUUUGUUGUAUGCCAAGUUCCGAAAAACAAACUUUGCUAUUCAAUAAAACAGAUUUUCUGUUUACCUACGGGUUUAACAUAAAGUAUCGCCCUAAUAAGGACUUAAGAUGCAACCAGAAUCUUAAGUAAUCCAUGAAUUUUAGGUAUGCCAAUAACACGCUUUUUAGGAGUGCGAGAUAAACAACUUGAAUAAACUUUCAGCCAAAAAAACUGAACACUAUCAGGUGGAAAAAACUCUUUUCGUAAUUACCAAAACCUUUCUUAUCUUAGGCUGUAGAUUUUAAAACUAUAUCAAUACAUUAUUAAGGCUUCCUGGAGAUAAUGACUGUGUUGGAACAAUAAGAUACAAUAUUUUCUCUGUCUCCAAAUAGCUGGAAUUCAGUUACAAAGCUCUUGUAAGCUUACUUUAAGGUUAAUAGCAUGAUGCCGUGAGCCGGAUUAAAAUGACAUUGAACUUU